AUGUCUGGAUCGUUUUGGAAAUUUGGACAGAAUUAUGCAAAUGAAGCCCCAUUAACGAAGCUUCUAAAUAAGGCGUUCUUUAGGAUACACGAUGGGGAUGAUGGUAAGUCGAGCGGUAAGGCUGGUGUAAAACAUAGGAGUGAGCUUGCGUCUGAGUCAGAUAGCGAUUGUAUUAGUGGUGAAGAUGAUUAUCUCAGUACUGGGGAUGAAGCAAAACAUGGUAAGAGUGAUAGCGAUGAGGAUAAUGAUGAUGAUGAAGAUAAUGACGAGGGUAAUGAGAGGCUGAGAGGUAACAGUAGUAAGAAUGAUGGUGAGCAAGGAGAUGAGGAUAAUGGUGAUGAAGAUGAUGAUGAUGAUCAGGUUUCUAUUUCAGAGAAUAACUUUGAGUAUAAGGAUUAUCGUCCAAAUCUCGAUAUAUUAGACGAUCUCUUGGAUGACGAGGAACUAUAUACUGAGUUAAUGUGUUCCAAUUUCAAACUUUUGGUCUUCUUCAGGUACCCCGAGGUGUUGGCGAAAUUGGUGGAUUAUGUGACGAAUGAGCACGUAUUGGAACAGGUGGAUGAGGGACAACAAGAAGAGGACGAGGACGAGGAGCACAAGCAUGCGCAGAUAGGAUUGGGAGAUAGAGCAUCUGGCGUCGCUCAAACCUUCACUAACGUGGAUGAAUCAGAACAGGCUUUUGACUCUGAGACUAAGGAAGGGGAUGAUUACGAUGAUCACUAUACGACCAUUGCAAAGAAUGGCGACAGCGACGAUGAAGAGACCAACGCUGCAUCAUCCCAAAAUCAAACACAGUUGGAUGCCGGUGCAGAUAAUGCAUCGGAAUCAUCUGCCGAGACCAGCAUUACUCUACCACCAGAAAGCGAAGAGCAAGUCGAAUCUAGAAGAGCGAGGAUAGCGGCUGAAAUUCUUUCAGCAGAUGUGUGGACCAUCUCAUCUGCAUUCAUGGACAAUGAAGAUCUCUUGAUCAAGUUGUGGAGUACUCUGGAACACCCUGCUCCACUUUCAAUUAUUGCAUCCACCUAUUUCAUGAAAAUCAACGAAAGAUUAUUGGAUAUGGACAUUAAUGGCAUGAUAAAUUUCAUUCUCAAGCAAGAUAAUAUAGUUGAUAGAUUCAUUGCUCACAUUGAUAAUCCACCGUUAAUGGACUUCCUUCUAAAAGUCAUCUCGACAGAUAAGCCAGAUGCUCCUACCGACAUCAUUGCCUUGUUGAACAAACAGAAUUUGAUUUCAAAACUAUUGGACUAUCUAUCAAUGGAUUACGAUUCCUCUAUCCAAUCAGCUGCUGGAGAUUUCUUAAAAGCCUUAAUAACAAUUAGCGCAAAUUCAAAUAAUGAAAUUGCAUCCGCCAUUGGACCUAAUGAGUUAACUAGAGAACUUGUUUCUCCUGAAAUGGUUGCUAAACUUGUCAAAAUAAUGCUACAAGGCGGUACUUCAUUGAGUAAUGGUGUUGGAAUAGUGAUAGAGUUGAUCAGAAAGAAUAACUCGGAUUAUGAUUUUGUACAGGUGAUGUACACUACGUUAGAAACACAUCCGCCAACAGACCGCGAUCCAGUUUAUUUGGGUCAUUUGGUAAGAGAAUUUGCCACCCAUAUGGACAAAUUCAACAAAAUCUUGGUUGAAACAAAAUUAGAUCCACUCGAAACACCAUUUGGUACCAUUGAACCAUUAGGAUUCGAAAGAUUUAAGAUCUGCGAGUUGGUCGCAGAACUACUACAUUGUUCGAACAUGGGUUUGUUGAGUGAACCGUCUGGCGAAAGUAUUGUUCGUGAGCGUGAUCUAAAGAGAAAGGAAAUUCUAAGGAGGAUGGAACUUGAUCAAAAUGAUAUGCUUCAGACUAGAGAUUCUGAUGAGAACGAUUCGCCAUUAGAAAAAACGGAGAGUCCAGCAGAUGAACUACAAAAAGACAUGCAGAACCUUCAUAUAAAAAACGCAAAUAAUGCGGAAGGUACAGAGGAUGUUGAAGAUGUAGAAGAUGUUGGGAAUGUUGAAGAUGUGGAUGCCUCAUCCGCUGAUAGAGACGAUUUGCAUUCAGAAAGCUCUUCUGGCUCUGAAGUUACGGAAAAAACUUUGAGGGAAAACCCAGUUGUUGGUGAUUUGUUGAAGAUCUCCUUACAGGAUAACAACAUAAUUACGACAAUCCUUGGUAUGUUUUUCAAAUUUCCAUGGAACAACUUCUUGCACAAUGUUGUUUUUGAUAUUGUUCAACAAGUGUUCAACGGGCCAUUGAAAACUGGAUAUAAUAGAUUUUUGUUGGCAGACUUGUUCUCGUCAGCUCAUAUCACAGAGGUUAUUAUGAACGGUGAUAGAGACUGUGUUAACUAUGAAAAGGAAACUGGCAUAAGGUUAGGAUAUAUGGGUCACCUAACCUUGAUUGCUGAAGAAGUAGCAAAAUUUGCUGCUUACAUCGAUGAAGCCAAUGUUUCUUUCGAUUGUCCAGUUGUUAUGGAAGGAUUAAACGAGCCAAAGUGGAAAGAAUACUGUGAUACCAUCCUAACUGAAACAAGGGAAAAAUACAGCUCUUUAUUAGGAGAAGAUGGCAUUGAAGAAGGUGAGAAUGAGGAAGCCGAAGAUGAAAUAUACGAUGAAGAUUUGGGCAAUGACGAUGAAAAAAGGUUUCUGAACGUCAGUGAAUCAAUGCAUUUUGAUAACGACCAAGGUGAUGGUGAUGAGAAUGCAGUUUUAGGUGGUGAUAACUGCUUCGUUUAUGAAGAUUCCAUGGGAAAUAAGACGAAGAUACAAGUCCAUAUGGAUGAGAACGAGAAAGAUGCGUCUUACACAGCUGAUUUGAAUAAGUUCAGCAACUACAUGUCUAACCAAAUCAAAUCGGGGUUGAACAUGGCAGACAGCGACGAAGAAGAAGAAGCUGAGGAAGAAGAUGAGAUUUGGAACGGACAAUCAUCAAAUACCUUCCAACCACAAGUUCCUAAUAAGGCAUUCUUCAAUAACUCCAUGUUCCAUUCUCACCAAUUCGACUUGUCGCCUGAUGAUGAAGAAGACUAUCUGGACCCUAAUGAUGAUGGUCAAUCAUACGCGAAACCGAACCAUCCCUUGUAUUCGAGCAUGUUAUCCCCAGGUGGCAUACCGUACAAUGCUGGUGAAGACGACCUCAAUGAUCUAGAUGUGAAUGAUGAAGAUGACGACGAUGAAGAUGACGACGAAAUUGAUGAGGACAUGGACGCUAACCGUCGCAUGAGACGUCUGCAUGAUGAAUACACAUUGCAUCGCACAUCGAGUAACGACAAAAUUGUAUACAACGAAAGUGAAAAAGACAGUGCAGUCUUAGGCUUACCUUCCUUACAAAGAUCUAACUCGUAUGACACCGAAUGA